AGCGCCCGACAGCACGAGCUAGUCCGGGGCACGCGAGGCGUCGCGGGGACCCGACAAGGAGUGCAGGAGGGCGCGCGCAGCGGCGGAGCGGGUUCUGCGGCGCGGGAGCUGCGAGCGCCCCCUUCCCGGAGGUCUCGGCGCGACUCCCGGGUGAAGCUACUCCUGGCUGGCUUUAUUCUUACUUCUGGAUUUUAAAGUCUUUCUCUUUAAAAAUUAAUUAAAUAAAUAAAUAAAAACAUCGGACGGAUAAAAGAUGUGCCAUGGCAGGAUAGCACCAAAGAGCAACUCAGCGUUUGUUGUGACCUCCGUGGGGCAUGGAGUGUUUCUUCAACUGGUGAUCCUUAGCACCCUGCUUGGAGAUGGAUUAACCUCUGUGUGUCCUCUGCCUCCAGAGCCAGAAAAUGGUGGCUACAUUUGCCAUCCCCGGCCCUGCAAAGACCCCUUGACAGCAGGCAGUGUCAUCGAGUACCUGUGUGCGGAAGGCUACAUGUUGAAGGGCGACUACAAAUACCUGACCUGCAAGGAUGGCGAGUGGAAGCCAGCCAUGGAGGUUAGCUGUCAUCUCAAUGAAGACAAAGAAACACACACGUCACUCGGGGUCCCUGCACUGUCCAUAGUGGCUUCCACUGCCAGCUCCGUGGCACUCAUUCUUCUCCUCGUGGUGCUGUUUGUACUGCUGCAGCCAAAGCUGAAGUCUUUCCAUCAUAGCAGGCGUGAUCAAGGGGUUUCUGGGGACCAAGUCUCCAUCAUGGUGGAUGGGGUCCAGGUUGCACUACCUUCAUACGAGGAAGCUGUGUAUGGCAGUUCUGGUCAUUGCAUGCCACCAGCUGACCCCAGAGUACAGAUCGUUCUGUCCGAAGGGUCUGCACCUAGUGGGAGGAGCAUGCCAAGAGAGCAGCAGCUGCAGGGACAGGGGGCCUGCUCCUCUGCAGGUGGAGAGGAUGAGGCCCCUGGCCACUCUGGGCUGUGUGAAGUCUGGGGUUCCCAGGGCUCAGAGACUGUCAUGGUGCACCAAGCAACCACAUCUUCCUGGGUGGCCGGCUCAGGGAGCAGCCAGCCGACACACAAAGACACUGCAGACUCGGAGAACAGUGACAUACAAAGCCUUCUAUCACUCACAUCAGAGGAGUACACAGAUGAUAUCCCGCUGUUGAAGGAAGCGUGAGGGCUGCCACGGGCCUCUCUCCUCCUGUGGGUUUGAGUACCAUGUCCUCUCCAGUUUCCCCACCUGGAUGCCUGAGCUGCCACCUGUGUAUCUGUGUGUACCUGAGGGCCUGCAGGCCACCCCGCUGGAUACUCAAGGAAGAUUCUCACCAUCUGCCCACUGAACAGCUGGAGGACCUGGCUCUUUGCCUGGCCCAGCCUUCCCAUCUGUCAGGGACAUGUCUGAAUGUGCUGGAUUGAACCCUCCCUUUCCGGAGCCACCACUGGGAUCCUUCCAGCCAGCUCUCUGGUGGCAGCCCCACAGCCAUGAGGGCCUGAGUACUGCUGUGUUUACUUGUGCCUUCCCCCACCCUGUCCAGGUUCCCCGAUAUGCAGGUGGGUUGCUGUCCACAGGCCUUAGUGGCUGUUGCCACCUGUACACAGGCUGGGACUGGAGCUGCAGAAACCAGAAACGGAUUGAACAGUAAGGCCCUCAAAGCAGGAGUGACUCUUAUUGGGGCCAGAAUGUGGGUUUCUGAGCUUGCCCUGUGUGUUGACACUGAUGACAUCUUCCCUAACUGGGAAGUCAUGCCAAACCCGCCCAUCACUCGGCUGUCCAGCUCGGAUGCAGGGUCCUGGACCUGUUAAGUUUCCAGGAAGCACCCAGAAGACCAUUGGGAGGGGAGAAGGUUGUCAGAUAACGAUUGUCUUCCUAAUAUGCAAGUUCUCACUUCCUGCUUCCAGCGUCAGCUGUUUUGGCCUUGGUUUUACUCCUGGCUAAGGGGAAGUUGCAUGCUGUCUCCUGGACUUCGUCCUAGGUAGCUCUGGCUUCCUUGCAGCCCACAGAACCCUGAGAUUUGCUGAGAUGCCAGCAAAAGCUCAUUUGGGUUUUGGCAGUCUGGGCAAGUUGCCCAUUUCUAGGUUUGUGGUGAUGGAGGGGAGGUUGAGAGGUACAGACCAAGUCCCCUGUGGCUGCAGGCAGCUCGGGCCGGGUCCCGAGGAUCCUCCUCACCACAGUCAUGUGCCUUAGUAACUAUGCCCAGAACAUGGCCUCAGUGUCGCUGCUUCUCCUACUCUGCUCUCUUCUCCAGGCUCUUCAGUCAUUGCUGACAAGCCACUCUGUCUUUCCUCCAGAACUAAGGACACCCCGGCUUUACCAGCUGAUGUGAGUUGGUGGGUACCCAGAAGCCUGAGAUGUAGGCCCUGGAGCGUGAAAGUGCUGGCAUUGAAGGGGUACUCCGGGCAUUGUGCUGAACCCUCCUAUGGCAUUGAAUGCCUGGGUAGCUGAACCAGGCUUCUCCCUCUUUCAUUCUUUCUUUUCCUCCAGCCUCAAAGCUGGAACACGUCAGCCAAUUCUGGACUGCACCUCUGAUAUUCCUUCCCUGAGCCUCUCUGGGGUGGUGAAAAUAAGCCCAGUGUAUUUAUAGUUUCUGACCUAACAGGUUAGCUCCAGGCAUCAGUGGCCUCAAAUAGGGGAAUGGUGUCCCCUAGCCCACUGCCUCCACUUACAAAGCACUUUAGUCCCUGCCAUGCCUGGCUUCCUGCCACCCUCGUCUCCUUUCCUCUCAGGGUAAGGGCAGUACCUGCUUCCCUGUUGGCCACUCCCACAUCCCCCCAUCCAGGAGGCCAGUCUAUUGUGCCCAGUGUCCAGGGAAGUGUGGUUGGCUAGGAGGUGCUAGAACAGAAGACUAAAUGGAGACAGUACACACUUCUUAGCAAUUGCUGUCAUAUACCACCUGGGGGGGGCUCCAAGGCCCCAAGCCACCGCACAAUGACUGUCCUUUACCCUCAGUGGUGCCCACCCUCCUCAAGAGAGACGUGAAGUGGAGGGCAGGAGUCUGCUGAAGGAGCCUUCCUCUUCUGCUUACUGUCCUAAAAAAAUCUGAAUUCUGCUCUAGGAGGUUUUAAAAGAAAAAUGGAAGAUCUUUCCCUUUUUUGUGUCUUUACUCUGGGUUUUUGCCCCUUAACAGAUUGCACUUUUUGUUUUGGAGUUAUUUAGCCACAUAGGUGACUGGCUUGACCCUUGGGUAAAAGAACCUCCUGGAGCCACCUUCCCUCUCCCCACCCAUUAACCUGCUCUCUGGGGAUCACAAGCCCAGGCUCAUCUAACCGGAGGACAAAAGGGCCAUGUCCCCAUCCUCCUGUCACUAGUUUUGAGAUCUGUUCUUGGAGUUCCCACCUACUGCUGCUGGCAUCUGCCACUUCUUCCUAUGUUUCUCUUUCUUCUAAAGCAAUUUCUUAACCCUCAGCCAUGUUCUGUGGCUUUGGGGGCAUCUGGACCUUGUCCCUUACAGAAGGAUAGGGGGGACUUAAAUUGCCUUGAGGUGGAGCAGGUGGAGCCCGGCUAGAAGCAGGGUCAGUGGCAGGUGCAAGGCUGUUGGGCAAGAAGAUGCUUAGAGCGAGUGGAAGGAGCUGUGCAGCCUGCUUUGCUGGGCUCACCUCUGGGGGCAUCCUGCAGACUUGUCCAGACGACAGUCAGCACCAGAGGACUUUUACACCGAGCUUUGCUUGGUUGGUUUUGAUUUGGGAGAUAUUUUUGUUCUGUCUCAAUGCAGGUUUUAUAUCCUGGUGACAGUCUUAUCAAUUUUCAAGGGCCAGAAUGGUGAAAUAAAUAAAACUGAAAAUUCCGUCCCUCCAUGCCUUAGUUUAACAGGUAGGCUCUAUCUGCCCAGUUCUGUAUUUUGUGUGCCGUUUCUGUGUUCCUGUUUCACUGAGUGAGAACCGUGAAAUGGGUGGAGUCCUGACCACUUUGUGGAUUUGUUUGCUUUUAUAAGGCAUUUCAAUGUACAUUCUACAAGCACUCCAUUUGCAAAAGAAUUUAAAGUCUUCCCCAUUCAUCUUGCCCUCCUCCCCAACUCCCAGCUUUACAGUUCUAUAGAGAAGCCAGACUACAAGACAAAGGUAUACUUUUCCUGCUUUGUGAGUGGCUGAAUGGGGAUAGAUGGCGCCUUUUUCCUCCCAAUCCUAUCAGAGCUCCUGAAACACUUGGCUUCCUACAUAACAAUGUCUCCUCUGUUUCUGAGGAACAUUCCAGAAUAGAAAGUGGAAUAUGCUGCAGACAUUUCUAGAUCCUUGUUCCCUUCCUCCUCCUCAAUAGCAAAGAGGGGCUAAAAGGAACACACAUAGCCAGCCUACUACACAGCUUAAUUCCAGGUACCUUGUGCCUGACAGUAUGGCUGGAGCCUCUCCUUGUGGGGCCUGCUAGGUCUUCUGCAGCCUUUAGAGAAUAUUUUCUUGGCAGAUGUUUAGGCUGAGUGAUGUGGCAGCUGGUUCCCUGGAAAGCCAAAAGUGGUGGGGCCAGUUUUUCUGAGAUGGGACUGAAUUUCCAGCUGAAAACCUAGUAGAGUUUUGAACUAAAAGCCUCCCCCCCCCAAAAAAAAAAGACCCUCUCCCAAUAGCAGAGUUUACCAGGGGAGAUGUGGGGAAAGAGCGCUUAGAUUGCCAAGUAGGGAGUGGAGAUGGCUGUGGGCUGCAUGGCUGUAUGCACACUGGCCUGGCUUCUUAAGGAUGUGCACCACUAUGGGAUCCUUUGCAGAAUGGUACUCAUAUAAUGGUUUAAAACAACACAUGCAUAAUCGACUGUGCAGGAUGUCAAUCAAUCUGGGUUUGCUUUAUUUUAUUUUUUAUAUAUAUUUUUUGGUAUCCUGUACAUUGCAGUGGGUAUGAAGAUAGUAUUUUAAUAUUUGUACAAAGUUUAAUUUAAUUUUAAUUGUUCUAUGUAUAUAACUGCAUUUCUAAAUAAUAAUAAAAGUUCUUAUGAAGGCA